CUCAACUACGACCUGCCUCAUAAUCGGAUCGUUUGUUUGACACGUAGGACAUCAGAAUUUUUUUUUAAAUCCGUAGUGGCUGAUCGUAUACCAUACGGUUACGCAUGCAGCAAAUCCCCAGAUGCUAAAGUGUUCUACGUCCCGUCUACGCCGUGCGUAGACGUGACGCCUCUACGUGACGUGACGUCUCUACGUCUACGCCGUGCAAGAUACACCCGUUGAUAUGUGGCUGAUUUACUAGCAAGCUCGCAUCUCUGUUGCCACUCUCCAUCAAGUAGGAUUUUCAACUAUUCUUUGUGCUCCUCUGUGGUGUACUAGCUGCCGAAUAGACACUGUGAAGGCUUACUUUCGACUUGCUCUGGCGUUCAAUAGGAAAGGGUGUGCUACCUUUUGAGGUAGGGCGUCUUAAUGAAUGUACAACGUGCCCGUCGUCGGGGGACCGUUAACGCCGAGUGUUGCAGCAUCCCAGUUGUUGGAGGAGCGAUUGUGGGCAGCGCAUUACGCAGAGGAAGAGCACGUAAGACUACGUGAUAAAGAGUGUCAAGUGCUCUCACGGGACCGGUGGUUCACAGACAUGAAGGCGUCACGUGGACAAGGUUUCGGCGACCUUCAACAGCAUCUAUUUGGAGUUCCAACGAGAUUGAGCAUCGGAGAGGGUCCCGCAGGAGAGACGCUGCUGGGAAAGCGAAGAAGGCCAAUGAGAUAUGGCCGCGUCCAGGCGUUUGCCCUACAGUUACAUCAUUGACGGUGUACCGAGGUGUCCUUUCACUACCCCUGGAACUCUAAGGCAAGCUCUAGAAUUUGUGCCCCGGAAAGGUGACCUUCUGCAGUCGUCGUUCCCCAGGAGUGGCACCCAUUGGGUUCAGUACAUCACCCAGAUGAUACUGGCGGAAGGGAAGCCCAUCGACUCAUACGAGGAGUUCUCGCAGCGCGCGCAUUUCAUUGAAUAUCGAUCGGGCGUCGAUGCCUACGAAGCUAGUGCACCGGUGCGAAGUUUUUGCACCCACCUGCCACUGCGCAAGGAAAAGCUUAACAAGGAGGCAAAGUACAUCUACGUUGCCCGAAACCCUUGGGACGUCUGUGUCUCUCUUUACCACCACAUGUGCGACAUGAGCAUGUAUCGCUUUGAAGACGGCACUUUUGACGACUUUGUGGAGGCGUUCCUGACAGGAUCACACGGCUACGGCUGCUACUUCGAGCACGUGAUGCAGGGCUACUCCCUGAAAGACGAACCCAACGUUCUCUUUCUCACGUACGAAGAACUAAAGAAGGACCCUCGCAGUACUGUGCUUCGACUGGCAGGCUUCAUAAACGAAAGGUACGGGAAAAUGCUGCGACAAGACAAGGCGGAGGGGAUAGACCAUCUUGACGUGAUACUCGCGAGAAGUAGUGCGGAAAACAUGCGACGGGUGAUGGUCUUCGACCUCAGCAAGCAUCCCGUGCCGGAGGUUGACAAGCAGCUGAAGAUGUUAGACAUCUCGUCCAGGGCGGCUUACGAAGGUGAUCCCAAGCGCCAUAGCUUCAUUAGGAAGGGUGCCGUUGGGAAUUGGAAGCAGCAUUUCACGCGGGAGCAACUAAGCCUUAUGGAAGCCACCAUCGCAAAAAAGACGCGAGGCUCGGACGUAAUGAAGCUUUGGAAUGAUAUACGACGAGAGGCGCUGGGCGUAUGUUCAUUGCUGGAAUGACAAUAGCAAAGCAUGACUGAAUCAUCGAUGGCUAGUGUGUUUGCUCCGGGAAAUAGGGUAGGGAAACGCAUGUUAAAGCUGCAUAGUAAGGAGGUGUGCUCCCGCACACGAAGGCAACAUCCGGAGGAUGACUGAUUAUGAUAAUAAAAUUGUCUGCCUCAUGCUCCCGACGAACUUGAGAGCAAAGUAGCGAACGUUGCGCACUGUUGAAGUGACAUGUACGGAAAGAAACAAUGUAUCUGUGCUUCUUCGACGUGCAGGUCCCUGUACCCUUUAUACAUGUC